AUUCAUCCAAUUUCAAGCUACCAAAUUCUCGUCUUCUCUACACAGAUCUCUUUUGUCAGUUUAUAAAUUAGAAUUUCAAAUGGCGCCAAAGGCAGAGAAGAAGCCAGCGGAGAAGAAACCGGCGGCGGCGGAGAAGGCACCGGCAGAGAAGAAGCCACGAGCAGAGAAGAAACUGCCGAAGGAAGGUGCGAUCGAUAAGAAGAAAAAGAAGGCAAAGAAGAGCGUGGAGACAUACAAGAUCUACAUAUUCAAGGUUUUGAAGCAGGUUCACCCUGAUAUCGGGAUCUCCAGCAAGGCUAUGGGGAUCAUGAACAGUUUUAUCAACGAUAUUUUUGAGAAGCUUGCACAAGAGGCUUCAAGGCUUGCAAGGUACAACAAGAAGCCCACCAUUACUUCUCGGGAGAUUCAGACUGCUGUUAGGCUUGUCCUCCCUGGAGAGCUCGCUAAGCACGCUGUUUCUGAAGGGACUAAGGCUGUUACUAAGUUCACCAGCUCUUAGGGUUAGGGUUAUUGUGCCACAUCUUAUUCAAGGGUUUUCGAUGUAAAGGGUUAGAAUAUUACCAUGAAUGGGAAUUUGAUUGUAGUUUCCUGCAUUUGAUAAAUGAAAUUCCUGAUUUAACUCUUAA